CUAUAUAUAUAUAUAUACCAUGCUCACCAUGCCCCUCCGCAUACACCCUCCUUGCGGCUCAUUUCAUUUCAUUCAUCACAGCCACGACCCCGAGUUAGACACAACAUGGCACACGAAGGAACGACGCUGAAGCAGAAGGUCCCCGCACAGUCACAGGACCUGCCUGGCCUCCAGAAGGCCAUGGCGCCCGAGCCGUUCGACACCUCGCUCGAGACGGGCUCCGGACCAAAACCGUACGUCGGCAUAGGCAAGCUGCGUGGCAAGAAGGCUCUGAUCACGGGUGGAGACUCAGGCAUCGGGCGCGCAGUCGCGAUCCUCUUCGCGCGCGAGGGCGCCGACGUGACCAUCGUGCACCUGCCCGCGGAGCAGAAGGACGCGGAGGACACCGUGCGCGCGAUCCAGCACGAGGGGCGGCGCGCGCUCUCGGUCGCGUACGACCUCGAGGACUUCCGGGGCGCGCACGCGGUGGUCGACGCGCACCUGCGCGCGUUCGGGCGGCUCGACGUGCUCGUGAACAACGCGUCCAAGCAGGUGAUCACCAAGGACUUCGCGGACAUCGACCUCGACUCCGUCGAGAGCACGUUCCGGAGCAACAUCCUCCAGAUGUUCGCCGUCACGAAGUUCGCGCUGCCCCACCUCCCGCGCGGGAGCAGCAUCAUCAACACGACGAGCGUGACGACGUUCCGCGGCUCGCCCAGCAUGGUCGACUACGUCUCGAGCAAGGGCGCCAUCGUCGGCUUCACGCGCUCGCUCGCCAAGCAGCUCGAGCCCAAGGGCAUCCGCGUCAACGCGGUCGCGCCAGGCCCCGUGCACACGCCCCUGCAGCCCGCGUCGCGGCCGGCAGACGAGAUGGAGGGCUUUGGCGAGAAGAGCAGCAUCGGGCGCGUCGGCCAGCCGAGCGAGAUCGCGCCGACGUACGUCUUCCUCGCGUCCGCGGAGGCGGAGCUGUACUACGGCCAGAUCAUGCACCCGUACCCGCUUGGGGACUAGGCGAGUGCGUGGCCGGGGAGGAUGGGACGUCAGAAGAGGGGCUGUGAUUGAAGUCUAUGGUGAACCGGUGUACGAUAUGCAGGUAGCCUGAAAUGAGAUGUGACGGUCAAGCGUUGUUUUGAGAGACCUGG